AUGAGAGAUCGGCCCGUCAUCAACAUCGAAAAUUACACCAUAUACUGCGGCGACGCCGAUGAGAACAAAGUAGAUAGCUGCGCAAUAGCUGUGAGGAAUGAUUACAAGAAACUGGUGGAGGAAUUUGGCUCGACGUCGUCUAUAUGCGCCUUUGUACGACUGCGGAAUCGCAGAGGACGUAAACUCUGGAUAGCAAGUGCUCACGAACCAACGGAAACCGCUGAGUACAACAUUAAGGACUCCUUCUAUGAUGAACUCAAUGCGUUGAUGUCUAAAAUACCAAGCCAACAGGUGGUCAGUGUCGGAAUCGACGAAAAUGCGAAGAUGGGACUCGAACAGCAAUCCGAUGUGCCUGGAAAAUGGUGUUAUCCUGCGGAGCGCAUGUCGGACAACGGUGACCGUCUGGUCGACUUGUGCGAACAGACGGUCACCGUCCGGCCUCAGCACCGCUUCCACGUUUAA